CUUGCGCAGUUUGAUGAAUAUUCAAAUAAAAAUCAUGUCUGACUCGGCUUCUGAUAAUAAUUAUAUACCAGAAACUGUUACUCCAGUUGGACAAAUAGCGCCGCCUCAACGAAGUUGCCAAUCUGGAGCAAAUUAUUCUGCCCAAGGCCAGAUAAUGGGUUCUCAAUCUAACCAAUCCAUUGGAGCAUGUACCAGCGAUGAACAUCGUGUUACUGACAAAGUCAUAUCAAUUCCUACAGCUACAGUUGGGCGAGUGGUAGGUAGACGUGGAUUUAAACUACGUGAUUUAGAAUCUGGUGGUAAUGUUAAAAUAAAAAUUGGCGAUUCCUCUGGAGAUAACACAGACAUCACGCUAUUUGGAACUGAUUUUGCCAUAGCAAAAGUGGAAAAAAUGAUUAAGGAUCUUACUAUUGAUCGAAAAAAGUCAUCUAAAAAACCAGCAGGUAACUCAUCUUCAGACACUGCUGCUCAGGCUGGUUGGUCAAGUCCAAAUACAGUUGUGAAUAGUGAAGGAAAGGAAGCUAUUGCAAUAGCAUCAACCCAUUGUGACCAGGCAAAAAAUGUAACUUGGGUUAAAUUACCACAUAUUGUUAAAAACUUUUAUAAAGAGGAUCCAGUAAUGGCUUUAAUGUCUCAAGAUAUGGUUACUUAUUGGCGCGAGUAUAUCUAUGGCAUAACUGUGAAACGAAGAGGAAAAAAAUUGGGAGUCAAAGAGAUACCAAAUCUAUUGUUAACAUUUGAGCAAGCAUUUAAAGAUUAUCCAGAAAUACUUGAUAAAAUACAUGAGCAAGGAUUAACAAAACCUUUACCAAUACAGAGCCAAGCUUGGCCUAUUUUACUUAAAGGAGAAGACGUGAUUUGUAUUGCACAAAAAGGAGCUGGAAAAACUUUAGCCUUCUUGUUGCCUGCUUUAAUUCAUGUUGGAGGGCAGCCUACACCUAGAGAACAGAGACUUGGGCCAACUGCACUUAUUGUAGCGCCUACAAAGCAAUUAGCUAUACAAAUUCAAAAAGAGUUUAAUAAAUAUCACUACAAAGGCAUUACAAGUGUAUGUUGUAUACAUGGGAGAGCAGAUCGGCAGGAACAAAUUGAUAUUAUUUUAAAGGGAGUGGAUAUUGUUAUUACAACUCCUGGAAGAUUGUUUGAUUUGAUCAUAGCAAAACAUGUAAAUGUUCGCUACUUCUCUUAUAUUGUACUGGAUGAGGUUGACCAAAUGCUAGAUAUGGGUUUUGGGCCUCAGAUUAACUUAUCUUUGACAAACCUGAGAUCUGAACAUCAAUUUGUUAUGACAUCUGUCACCUUGCCUGCAACUGUACGGCACCUAGCUGAUGCUUACAUGCACAAUCCUGUUUAUGUAAAUGUUGGUUCCAGCCACUGCAAUAAAGCAGUGCAUACCAUCACUCAAAAAGUAAGAAUUGUUGAGCAAAACGACAAAUUUAGUUUACUCCGUCACUUUAUAUGUAAUAUGGGUUCUAAUAACAAAGUUUUAAUUUUCUGUGCCACCCAAACUAUAGCCUCCAAUGUUACAGAAGACUUAGCUUACAAUGGAUUUGACUGCAAGUCAUUGCUUGAGGAUCAAGAUCAAAGUGAGUUUGAAGCAGCUUCACAAGAUACAACGGAUGAUACAGUCAGUAUAUUAGUAGCCGCAGAUAUUGCUGCACAGGACAUUGACAUGAAAGAUUUAACCCAUGUUAUAAACUUUGAUUUUCCUCUGAAAAUGGAGGAGUAUGUUCAUAGAAUUGGGCUGAUGGGCAAAUCUGGGAGAAAAGGCAUUGUUAUAUCUUUAAUGACAAAAAAUGAUUCAGCAAAUGCCAGCGAUUUGAUCAAUAUUUUGAAAGAAGUAAAGCAAGAGGUUCCUGGUGAACUCCAAAACAUGGCUGAUUGGUAUGACAUGUCCAAAAUGGAGAAUAAACGAGGUCGUCAUGGCCAAAGAGGAAGAAAACAGUAAUUGUAGAAUACAUAAAAGUAUAUUUUUAUUUUCUGGCUGUGUAGAAAACGGUUUUGUUAUAUUAUUUUUUGGCACUUUUUACAGUGUUAGAGUUUAUCAAGUUAUAGCUCAUUUUGAAAUUUUAUGUGCCAUUUUAUCUGUAAUUAUUUAUUUUAUUUUAUUAUAUAAAGGAGGAUGGCUGCUCAGGCUGGAGGAGUUUGAAAUUAUAUCUAAAUAGAAAGGGUCAUGCUAUGGCCAAUAUGAUCUCAUACAUUUCCUUGUUAAAACUUAUAGUUAAGAAUUAUAGCUUUAAGGUCUAAAUUGUAAUUUACAAGUUUGUAUUUCCCUAAUACUGGAAAAUAAUUGUGUCUGUUAUUUUUCUCUUAUCUAUGUUUGUGUAAAGAUUUGUUAGAGUACAGACUUUUGAAAUUAUGUCUCUAAUUUAAGUGGAUAUAUAAUAAAGUUAUUUUAAAAAG